AAACGUGACUACGUGAGUUGUGACCAAAGUGUUUGUUUUGACAGAUCUACAUAAUACCAUUUUUACAGAGAUUUGUCACACUCUAUCGCGUAUACAUCCGUUGGUAUAAUUAAAAAAAUCAUUGAGCGAUUCACAUAACAGAGAGCCAAUAAAACAGCUCGUCGGUAGAAGAAAUUUCAAAGAAGAGAGAUCAUAAUAACACAAGUUCAACAAGUACCACCGGCGACAAAGAAAUGGCGGGAGAAACGCUGCUUAAACCGGUUCUUCAAAAACCACCAGGCUACCGUGAGCUCCACUCACAACCACAAACUCCACUCGGAUCAUCUUCAUCAACAACAUCAUCAACAGCGCUUCGACGCCGACCAAAACAUACGAUUCCGGCGUCGUUUUAUCCGACGAAGAAGAAGCAAUGGAGUCGUUGCCGCGUCUUUUGUUGCUGCGUCUGCAUCACAGUCGCCAUCGUCAUACUCCUACUUACCCUAGCCGUCUCCGUCUUCUUCCUUUGGUACAGCCCGAGGCUCCCCGUCGUACGUCUCGCCUCCUUCCGCGUAAGCACUUUCAACUUUGCCGGUGGAAAAUCCGGCGACGGUUUGUCGCAGUUGACGGCGGAAGCCACGGCGAGGCUUGAUUUUAGAAACCCUAACGGAAAGCUAUGGUACCAUUACGGCGACUCCGACGUAGAGGUGAGUGUAGGAGACGGUGAUUUUGAAACGAGCCUCGGGUCAACGAGAGUCAAUGGGUUUGUGGAGAAGCCGAGGAAUCGGACGGUUGUGAACGUUCCGAUCAAAGUGAAGAAACAACAGGUGGAUGAUCCGACGGUUAAGAGGCUUAAAGCGGAGAUGAAGAGUAAGAAGUUGGUGGUGAGAGUAACGGCUAAGACGAAGCUGGGAUUAGCUGUGGGAAGGCGUAAGAUUGUUACGGUGGGGGUUAGUAUCAGUUGCGGUGACGUGAGACUACGGGAGCUUGAUUCAAAGAUGAGUAAAUGCACCAUCAAAAUGCUUAAAUGGAUUAAAUUGCACUCAUGAUGAUUGAUUCAUUACGUUAAAGAUAUGGCCAAAGUUCAGCUUUACGAAAGAGGUCACUCAUGUUAUUUUUUAUUUUUUUUCCUUUCUUGUUUUCACAUUUCAAUUCCAUAUAAUUACGAUCUAUAGGAAAGAUUAAAUAUGUAUUACUUAAUAUACCUACCUGUAAUAUGAAAAGUUGGUUCUUUGUAUGUUAAAAAAAUUCGUACACACAAGUCACAAACAAGCCCCCCAUGAAUUUUAUUUUGACACGGAUACCAAUUCAUAAAAAAACAAGUACAUAAUCACGGAAUUAUUCAACUAAAUAGCAAAGUUAUCAAUAAGAGUUGUAACAAUAAUUGAAUGCGAAAAAGACUAGCCCAAACAUGUAGUAGCACAAACUGCAGUACCAAAUGUAGUUGGCCACUGACUUAUUUGAAAAGCAUAAACCCAAUCUAUAAGGAAAAAAAAAAGA